AUGAACCGGCUUGAAGUUGUUGAUCCAAGAUCUUCAGACAACACUGACCAACGUCGAGUUCAUGCAGUUCCACCAACUCCCAUGGUUCCGUAUGAGUCAAAUUCAGCAACGUCAUAUCAACGACGAGCAUCUGCAUCGAACGACCAAGUUUUGGAUAUGCCGCACUCACAAAAUCAAAGGAAUGUCACGAGCAAUCAGAAACUAAUACAAUCCUUGAGGGACGAAAACAUUCAUUUGAAAAAGGAGCUUGAAGCAAUGAAAAAGAGCCUAGCGAAAUUCCAACAGAUUGAAUUCUCUUAUGGGCGACUAGAAAAAGAAUAUGAAUACUUAGCAAACGAAAGAAAAAAGCAAGAGAAUUUGGAAUUCAACGCUAUACUCCAACUCGAAAAAACCAUCAAAAAGCUGACCGUUGAAAAGGAGGAUUUACAAAGUAGACUGGAAAAGGCGACUCAGGAGCCCGCAAUGGUUGCAAACUUAAUGAUAAAUGAGAUCCAACAACGGCAGGAGCUGUUUGCAUGCAAAGAGCGUCAAAAACUAGAGAUUGAAGCGCAGAAUCAGACACUCGAAGAGCAACGCAAUCAUAUCACGAUGCUCGAGAAGGCGUUGGCCAACUCGCAAGAGAGAAUGGCGAAACGGGAAAAGAAAUGCGACGAGCUGUCUGCAAUUGUCGCGCAUGCCGACGAGCUUCGGAAACAGUUGAGUGAAGCGUGGGAAGAGCAGCAACGACGCGAGCAAAUGAUCGAGGCCGAGCGCGCUCAAUGGGAAAUGGAAAAAACGCAAAUGCGCAUGCAGCUCAAUAAGGAUGCUAGUUUGACAGGAAGUCUCAAGAGAAUUCCCCCACCAAAUAGCACUGAGGAAAUGAUCCGAUUACGGAAGGCAAUCCAAGCCAAAGACGAGAAAAUAAUGCAGUUGGAGCGAUAUGUCUGCGAUUUGAAAAAGACGCUUAGCGAUGAAACCGAACGACGCAAAUCGACACUGGCGACAAUCACCGACACCUUCGAAGCAAGAAUCAAACGGCUGGAAGAUGAAAAAUUGGAAAAAGAUAUGAUGAUUAACGAGUUGCGAAUGGAAAAGGAUAAAUACAUCUCAUUAUUGGGAAGAAGUGACACCGACGACGCGAUGAGUAAAAUGGAAGAUAUCAGGCACAAGAUUCAAGAGCGACGCAGAAAAGGACGGCUCGCCGUUACUGGAGGGCUUAUUUCCGGUGAACAUUAUCGCUCUUCAUCCGGCUCAAUGGGUCAGUCGUCGUCUUUACAUAAUCGAACGUCGUCGGGACCGUUUGAUCCAGACCCAUCAUCCGCUUAUUCCAACAUGAAAACAACCAAUAAUAAUUUCUUGCCUGACGAUAGCUCAUUUCCAUAG